UAAACGUACCCAAUGCAACCCUCGUUUCAUUUCAUAUUUUCCAUCUCUCCAUUCUCUCUCUCCUAGGGUUUGAUCAGAAAACACAAGCACUCUUUCGAUGGCAGCUGUUCAGGAGGUCCAGAACGGGGGAGGAGCAACCGAGAAGGCUGCCGCGCCGGCUGUCUUCACGGCUUUGAAGCCUCAGCUGUUGGUGGAGGCACCGAAAGCGAGUGACGCUGUUCAGUUCUACAAGUCGGCAUUUGGCGCUGUGGAGAAUGGCCGUACCAUGCAGAGCAAACGAAAGGCCGAGCAGGAGCUCCCUCUCAUUCUCUCAGCUCAGCUCGAGAUUGGCGGUUCCACCAUUCUCAUCUCUGACGCAGCUGACGACUCCGCUGUUCCAGUGAAGAGCGUGGGUGGCGGUUGCGUGCUCUGCUUGGAGACUGAAGACGUGGAAGCUGCUAUUGCUACGGCUGUGAACGCCGGUGCUGUCAAGGAGGGCGAGAUCGUUGAAGGUGAUGGCGCGUGUUGCGGUGGGCGCGUCGGCAAAGUCAAGGAUCCAUACGGUUUCACUUGGCUCAUUUGCUCCUCAGCCAAGAAGUGCACUGACGUGGAAGCUUAGGAGUCGUGUGAUCUAAUCCUGAUCUUGAUCUACCAUGAUCUCUGUUUUUGUUGUUUGUCUUAAAUGCACUCUCUGGUUUAGGUAAUGAAUAGGGCUACGGGGCUCUUAGUCUUAGAUUUCAAAUAUGCUUUUGGUUAAUUUUGAACCAAAAAAACUGACAGCUGGCAGUUAUUGACCACUUACUACUACUAGUAUUAUUAUCAUCUUCUUUUGCAUUA